ACAACUCUGGGGCAGGAGUGAGAACCUACAGAAGGGUCGCUCUCCAACCCACAUUGACAAAACUAAGCACAUUAUGAAGGUGUGUAUUUCUUUGACAAAUUGCACACGGCAGGGAAGUGGGCAGUGUGUCUAAGGUGUGACAUGAAGGGCAAAGGCUAGAGAGGCUGUCCCUCUGCCUGUAGUAGCACACCAGUUCUAGGCUUGUCCUCACUCAACGUUGUGGAGGCACAUGACUGCAAUGUGACUCAGCUAGGUGUCAGGUGUGGCUUUUAGUCAAAGCUAGCAACAUCAUUCUGUUUAAGUUCAAAGUCAAAUCUCAGAGCUAGCAGACAAGUCGAAACAGAACAUCGGAACAAAGCCUUUCCUUUUGGCAGGCCAAAUGACGUGUGUUGGACCAAAUUGUAGAAUUGGGCACCAGAGCCUGAUGGGCAUUCUCCUGCUGGGCUGCUUGCUGACCUGUCUACUGUACCGACCUGCUAUCACCUGGCUCCCUGUCCUGGCCAAGCACUUCCAGGCGGAGCACAAACAGGACGUUACCGUGCUGGUCUGGCACUGGCCCUUUGACCAUCCCUUUAAACUGAACUCCUGCAGGUCCUUGUACAACAUCGAAGGCUGUCACCUGACAGCGGACAGAGAGCUGUACAGUCAAGCGGAUGCCGUUCUCAUCCACCACAGAGAAAUCGAAGAGGAUUUAUCCAACCUGCCCCAAGAUCCACGGCCCUCCUUCCAGAAAUGGGUGUGGAUGAAUUUCGAAUCGCCGGCACACACGAAUAGAAUACCUGGCUUGGAAGAUCUGUUUAAUGUGACUUUGAACUACAGGCAGGAUGCAGACAUCAACAUGCCUUAUGGCUCUCUCGUCCCUCAGACUAAAGAGAGGGAGGAGUUUGUCCCACAUAAAAACCGACUGGUCUGUUGGAUCGUUAGCAACUGGAACCCAGGACACAAGAGGACUUGGUACUACAUGGAGCUGCGCAAAUUCAUCAGGAUUCACACCUACGGGGACCCUUUCAACAAAAGGGUAUCUCUUAGUGAAUACAGAAUGAUCGUGGCCAGCUGUAAAUUCUACUUGUCUUUUGAGAACUCUGUCCAUAAGGACUACAUCACAGAAAAACUAUAUAACGCUCUCAAGUUGGGUGCAGUUCCUGUGGUCAUGGGCCCGACAAGAGGGAACUAUGAGAAGUUCAUCCCUGGAGAUUCCUUCAUCCAUGUGGAUGACUUCCGCUCGCCCAGAGCCCUGGCCAAACACCUCCUCUUCUUGGACGAGAAUGAGGAGAUGUACCGUAAAUACUUCAAGUGGCAGAGGAUCCACACGGUCCGUAUCAACAGCUUCCCCAUUCAGAAUGCUUGCAACAGCUGUGAGUACAUCAGAGGCCACCCUGAGAAUCGGAUGGUUACUGAGCUCGAUAAAUGGUUCUGGGAGGAGUGAUGCGGAGCAAAUCUACUACAAAUAAACAAUAUCCACUUCUCCAUAGUCCAGGGUGGGGGGAACUGAGCAAUAUGUAUCUUUUACACAAUGGCAGAAGUGCCAAAUUCUAUUUCAUUAAAGUACAUUCACCAAACCUCCCCCACAUGAACAAUUAAUGGGGCGGUACAAGUCAAAAUGGUAUAUAUUUUUUACUUUUCUUCUGUCCUUUGCUACUGUGCUAUCGCAUGUUAACUGAUAAACAGUGUGGUGGUGAAAACCACCGUUAUCUACUUGUUUACUAUUGGGUCGUUCCACUAAGAGUGCCUUUCGCAUCCCUUUUAUAUUGGUGCACAAUGUUCUGCACUAAUAUUACAUUUUAAAAACCUGUUAUAUUAAACAAAGGGACUUUUUUUAAUAGAGACCGAAUAGAGAAAUAAAUCAGAUAUGUAUAAAGGCUUGCUGAAGUACCAAAAUGUAGCCUUUUGACAUGUCCCUCCAUCAACCCUGUGUCACUUCUAGGAACAUUUUAACCCCCUUAAUCCCCAAGUUUCAACAUCAUUGUAAAGCCAUAGUUAUUUUACUUUAACAAAGUCAUCUCUGAAGAUGUAUUCGUUUCAUGUGAUUAGUGAUUCAUUUACCUCUGUCCCUCAUUGUAUGGUCAACCCUGUUAUGUGAACUGGCCUGUCGUUUUUAAUAUGGUGAAACUAUUCAUUUUUGUUAAAUAGAACAUCUAAUAGUCAAAUCAUAGCGUAAAAGCAGGUUAGCUGGUUCUAAUCUUUUUGGCUGUUUCGUGGUGAAGAAACUGAGCGGGUUGGGCAGAACACGUCAACCCUGUUACUCAUAGAGAAGGGCUUCCAUUCAAUUGCCACUCCCUUUAGCAACAACCUUCCAUUCCCCUGUCACAAGUGGAUGUCUGGCUUAUUUAAGAAAAAAAUCAUCAUUACUUUUUUGACAUUUUAAUAGGCCCUUAAUAAAAUAUAUUUUUUUUAGAUGAGGGAAAACUUUUUUUUAAUAGUUGAACAUGUGCUCUUUUAGACACGGUUAAAAUGAGGUGAAAUCAAAAGUUAUUUUUGACCAAAUUACACUUCUCAAAAGGCACCAAAUUGGUGGAAAGACCCUAUUAACAUUACUGUGAGAGAGAUUUGGUUUUGAAGUGUAAUGCCUGUUGAGAAAGUCUGGUUACUGUUGAAGGUACUAUAGCUCUCCUCCCUCUGGUCACUGGAAUAGACUAUGUGAGAGACUCCACUAUGAUCAGUCCUGCUUUUUCUAAACCACGUGAUUGGGAACGUGAUAAAGGGUAAUGUACGGUAGGUCUCGCUCAUAUACAGGUAGAACUCCCUGUACUGUCAACAGUUGUUAGGCAAUUGCCUUUUACUGCACUAUGGUUGCUAGGUUGUCACAAUGAAUGUGUCAUGUAUUUUCACACGUUAAGGGACCUUGUUCGCUCCACUGUUAGGCAACAGGGAUUGAUCACAGACUCAGAGAUUCAGUGUAUGAAUUAGGAAAAGAAAGAUUGAUGUACUACAGUGGUCUCCAGCAUAAUGACUUUACUAAACCCAGUUUACACACCUGUUCCAAUACAAUACAAUGGGCUAGUUUGAGACACCACUCUUUACUACCACCCAAGGGAGUUUUAAAGAUGUAAAUGAAUAUAUGUUGCAGUACACCUGGUGACCACUAGACAGCACUGCAACCCCACUGUACACAUGCAUGUUACACUAUUGAAAAACCAUUUGCAUCAGUGUGAAUAUGAAUAUUUAUAUAUGUGAGAAAAUGAAUACCAUUUGUCAAAUGAAUGAAUAUCUGAGCUCAAAUGAGAGGUUGGAGAAAUGGUGGAGAUUAGCUUGUUGCUUAAUGGUUUAAUUGAAACCUGCAGCUAAUUAGCUAUGGCUAUAAUCACCCAAACUUAUGAACAACUCCAUGAUUUUUUCUUCGGCUCUUUCAAAUGUAGAGAAUAGAAUGUGGCCCUGGGAAUGAGUGUAAAAUGACUGCAUCAUGAAGAACUCUUAAGUCUGCCCACAACUUUCACCCAUUCUUACAUCCCCUUGCCCUUUUGAAGGAUCCCUUCUCAGUACAUACAGAAAACCCCUACAUUCUUCCGCAAGUUUCAUUAUGUUUUGGUCAUGGAAACUAUUCGAAUAUCACUUUCUACCUCCUAUUUCUAUAUUUCCGGUCUAUUUCUAUCUCCGACCUCCACUAAUGUCAGUUAAUUUCCCAUAUUGAUGUCGUCAUUACCUCCCUAUGUGGUAACACAUAUGAGAUAGAUGACAGUGUUAACUCUGAGACUUAGUCAUGCGUCUAGGGACUGGCUCUGUGGUUUUCAAAAAGAGGUAGAAUACAUCUACAGACGACUCUUUGUUUGGCAGAUGCCAGGAGAAUGCAUAGUGCCAACCGUAAAGUUUGGUGGCGGAAUAAUGUCGGUGGCUGUUUUUCAUUGUUCGGCCUAGGCCCAUUAGUUCCAGUGAAGGGAAAUCUUACCGCUACAGCAUACAAUGACAUUCUAGAUGAUUCUGUGCUUCCGGCUAUGUGGCAACAAUUCGGAGAAGGCCCUUUCCUGUUUCAGCAUGACAAUGCCCGCGUGCACAAAGCAAGGUCCAUGCAGAAAUGGAUUGUCAAGAUUGAUGUGGAAGAACUUGACUGGCCUGCACAGAGCCCUGACCUCAACCCCAUCGAAUGCCUUUGGGAUGAAUUGGAACGUUGACUGCGAGCCAGGCCUAAUCGCCCAACAUCAGCGCCCGACCUCACUAAUGCUCUUGUGGCUGAAUGGAAGCAAGUCCCCGCAACAAUGUUCCAACAUCUAGUGGAAAGCCUUCCCAGAAGAGUGGAGGCUGUUAUAGCAGAUAAGGGGGUACCCAACUCCAUAAUAAUGCCCAUGAUUUUGGAAUGAGUUGUUCUGCGAGCAGGUGUCCACAUAGGUUUGGUCACGUAGUGUACCUGUCCAUUACUGAUGGCUGUCUGCCACCAGUCCCUUCUCUGUUAUCCUUUCUUCUUGCUGUUCUCUUCUCUCCCUCUUUCCCCCGCUUGGCUGUAAAUGAUUGAGCUCUUUCUUUCAAGGGGACCACUCCCUCAUCAGAUCUGUGGGCCAUCGAGUUUACUGCUUCACCGCUCCUUCACCCCCAGCAACAGCCGUCCCCACGUCACCUCCUGACAUUGAAGAAAUCACAUGUCCCUCACUCUCUUUUCUACCACUCUCUCUCUCGCACGCUUGCUUGCUGUAAAUUUAGCUCUCUCCUCCCUUUCAACAUUCUCCCUCUUGUGUGUUACUUCCCCAACCUCCCUCUUUUCUCUACCACCCUCUCUGUUUUUCUGUAAUGUCACGGCUCACUGCUGAGUGUCACGGAGUUGAUGGAGAGGAAAAAUAAUGGAGGCGUGAGGCAAUGGAAGGAGGGUUGACGCAAGGGGGUGUGUGUGUGUGUGUGUACAUUUUGUGAAAGACUUGAGGAAGAGGUGAGGGAACGAGUGGGGGAGGGAGAUUUGUCUGAUGGUAAAAUGUUCCAGCUCGGUGAAGAAACAGCAGACAGUCAGUCGAUGCACCUCCCCCUACUAUAACUACUACAGUUCCAUGUAGACUGGUGCUACACACUGACUUCCCAAGUGAUGGUUACGUACAGUCCCCCAAAAUACCCCCUUCUACGAAUCACAUCUCUUUCUCAUGUCCAUCCUGGCAAACCUAUGGUUUAAUGCAACGUGUUGUCUAAAAUGUUAUCAGCAACCUCUGACAGUGAGUACCACUUUUGUUGGAUGAUUACAUGACAUUACGUGGGAUAAUACAAUUUGAACAGGUUGUUUCCAUUCUCCCUUUUCAUAUUCAUCUCAUAUUCUGUUGAUCUAUUUCAUGCUUUAGUGUGUAGUUCAGAACUCUAACUCUGGUAGAUGAGUAAAUGCCUGGUUUGAUUGUACAGAGAACUCUCUCUCUCUCUCUCUCUCUCUCUCUCUCAUAUAUAUUCAAUUCAAAGGGCUUUACUGACAUGAGAAACAUGUUUACAUUGCCAAAGCAAAUGGAACAGACAGACAAAGUAAAUUUGCACUCACAAGUUAAAAGAAUAUAGACAUUUGAAAUGUUAUAUUAUUGGCUAUGUACAGUGUUGUAACAAUGUGCAGGUAGAUAAAUAUAGGUUGUAUUUACAAUGUUUGCACUCCACUGGUUUCCCUUUUCUCAUGGCAACGGGCCAAAGAUCUUGUUGCGACUGCACACUGCUGUAUUUAGACUAACAGAUAUGGAAGUUUAUCCACGUUUGAUUUGUUUUCAAAUUCUAUGUGGGUUUGUGUGAUCUGUGGGAAAUAUGUAUCUCUCUGAGGAGGAGGCUGGUGGGAAGAGAUAUAUAGGAGGAUGGGUUCAUUGUAAUGGAACAGUAUCAAACAUAUGGAAACCAUAUUCCAUUUCAGCUAUUACAAUAUUACAACCCCCUCCCUCCCCAGACAGUCCUUGUUAUGUUGGGUUCAUUGUGUUCCUGGCAGAAAGCAGUGAAGCAGACCCUAACAGUCCAUUUUAGAAGCUGCCACUGUCUCUGAUCUAAAACACAAUCAGUGAGCCAUUUUGCCUGGGUCCAACAGCAACAUUAAAAAGUCAAUACACGACUGCACUGUUUAAUACAA